AUGAAUCCAACGCUUAGGAAAAGCAAUGGCGGGGCGUCUGCGGCUGAACCGAGCGCGGAGGGGGUGAAUCUUAGCAGUCAUACCAACGGUAAGAGCCACAGCGGUGGUCCGCGUCAUGGCCAUGGCGGUGGUGGCAACAUCAGAGGGUGCAGGAUGUGCCAUGGCGGCGGCGGCGGCGGCGGAAUGGCGUCUUCGGCAACGGCGAACGUGCCUCCGAUACAGCAACAGCAGCAAAGAAUGGCGCCAUCACACCCACAAUGUCUCUCGCGUGUGUUCAUGGCGGGGGUUAACGAGGAUGAAGGGCCUCCCACGGUGGUAGCUCUCAGCGAUAAUGCCAACCCCACAAACACCACUGGUAGAGUGGACAGCCCUAUGAAUGCGGCCGCAAAUGUGCAUGAUGGCCAAAAUGUCAUCUGUGAGAAUGAGGAUGCCAGUCAUGCUGCAAGUAUUAUUCCUAUGAAAUCAUCAGCUGAUGCCGAUCCACAGCGCGGGGACGGGAGGAGGCGACGAAGACAGUGGUGGUGGUGGCGACAGCAACAACGCCGGCGACGGAGGCGCAGUCAAAGUCGAAUGGAGCAACACUUGAUAGUAACUAAGUGUGAUGUAGGAAAUCAAGGGAAAUUUUAUCUUUGGCCGUAUCGAAGUACGCUUUACCUGAAUCCUCAUGUCCGUUGUGUGGAGAGUAGUGGAUUGUCGUACAAUCGAACCUUCAAGGAACUACUACUAGCGCAGGAUGCAGAGCCGCCAGAGGCCGAUACACCUUGCUUGGGGCCCACCGCCGCGCCGUUAUGUGUACCGCGGCUCCCAGAACUCACUUUGGCGACAGGUCCGGAAAACGAGGAGGAUUCCGAGUUGAAUGCCGGCUGUGGCAAAGAGGGGUCGGCAACUAGUUCGCCGACGAUCACGUUCACACUGGAUGGGGUAGCGACACCCAAGACCUUCGCGGCCAUCAAACUACAAGGAAGGGACGUCGGAACCAUUUCGCUUCCUGCGUCGUGUUUAUUGGGAGGGGGCACCGAUGGGCACCGAAUACGAUCAUCACUGAGAAGACCACCGCCUGCCAUACGCAUAAAGGAGCCGCCACAUCAAAAAAUUCUUCGUAGUUACGUGAAUGGAUGCUUUUCGUUUUAUCAAACGGAGGAGGCCAAGCAGGAGUUCUUAGGAUUGUGUAGGGAGGUUUUGGCGCAGGCCCGGCCGAUUUUUGAGUCGGAGCCGCUGUUUCCACGUUUGGUAGCACCCACUUUUGUCUUUGGGGAUAUUCACGGCAACUUUGAGGAUCUUGCCUUUUUU